CUUCUUCACAUCAACAUUUUCAGGGGGGGAAAUGGCUGUGUACGGCUUCCCAUAUUUUUCUCCGCCACCUCCACCCCUCAUCUUCAGUCCUCCGCCACCACCACCGUCAUCCUACGGAGCGCCCCCUCCUCCCCCUCCCUUCUUUCAACCACCACCACCACCCUCAACAGCAAAGCCUCCUUCUCCAAUAGUGCGACCACCCCCACCCCCGCCACCCCCAAUAGCAAAACCUCCAUCUCCAGUUCUGCGACCACCACCACCGCCACCACCUUAUAGUAUUGUCCCCACGCCAGCACCUCCCUCACACUCAGGACACCACUCCACAGUUAUAGUUGCUGUGUGUGCUUCACUUGGUGGUCUCUUCUUCCUCGCCUUCCUCGCAGCUUGUCUCUGCUGUUUUGCCAAGAAGAAGAAGAAGUGUCAAGAGACUGAAGUCAUAGAUGUUGACGAACAUAUAAGAGUUCAGGAGGCCAUCGUCCCUGGGCCGCACUGUGGGCAAGCAGCAGUAGUAACCAUUGAGGACGAUGUGCAUAUAAAAGAAAAAAUCAAGAACAAGAAGGUCGGUCAUCAUGGUUUAGAGGUCUCCUCUUCCUCUUCUGGUUCCAGUCAUCACCAUUUUCGACACAAGGAUUGAUUUACAGGUAUCAGCUGUGUGCAUGGCGUACGUCAACAAUUCGUAUAAUAUUUUCAACUAUUUAUCGAUUUGUCUGUCAUUGGUUGGUUAAACAUCGUGCAUGGAAAUUCUUGUUUGAACAUUAUGUUUGCUUGGAAUCAUCAUUUGAUGGAAUAAAGGCCAGAAGAUUUCUGUCUUGUGUUCAUCGAUCUUCUUUUAUCAAAUUAAUUAAACUUAAGCAGAACAGUGGUUCAGAUGUAAAAGAAAUACAUUUGUUAGUAUUUGUUUUUUCAA